AUGAGCGAAUCCCCGCGGAAUAUGAUAUGCCUGUCAAAGCACCUGCACGCCCUAUGGGGAGCGGCACGCUUCGGCCUCAAGCCACUCCGCGAUCCCCAGGCAGUCGAGCGGAAUGAAGUGUGGGUGCAGUUCCACUGGCUUGCCCAAGGCCUACUGCGGCCCAGUGAGGAGGUCGGCUCAGACGCCAUGGACCGGCUGGGCGAGUACGGCAUGGACCCGACCUUUGUCGACGCCGGUUCGGACUCUAAAAUCGACAGGCGAGGCCGUAACGGCACCUUGGCGCACCAGGAGAGUGGACAGCGGAUUGAGACUGGCCAGGUUUUUGUGAUCAAAGCCGACGAUCCUGAGUUGCUGCCGUCCUUGGAGAUACUUGAACUCCAGUGGGCCCUCGUUCGUCUCGCAGCCUUAUCCGGUGCUGCUGACGUAUACUGCGACCAUUACAGCGACGAUCAUGAUGCGGUGAGCCUGAUUGCCGACGCAGAAGGCUACUACGAGCGCAUUUUUGACACCGGUCUAGAGCGGCAGAGCCAGUCUGAUUAUGCAGACACUGAGGAUGGCGCAUAUGAUGCUGACGCCGUCGCUGACACUGACGUCACGUUGCUGGAUCUGGACGAGUCAAAUUGCGCGUUUGAGGAAGAACCAGACAUCUAG